AUGUAAAACAGCUACCUCACAUAAUUGGAUUAAAUCUAAGAGCAAGUGAUCCAAAUGGCCUAUCAGUAACCACAGGAAGGUCAAUGGAAUAAGGAACAUGAUAAAAAUGAUUUCAUCAUUUAUUCUAAAUUAAAUCAAGUUGGACUCAAGAUGACCAGAACUGAGCUUAAAUUGAAUGUAGAUCCAAAGAAGGCUAUGGAUGUUAUUUUUGAUAUGACUAAAAGAGCUGAAUUUGAUGAAAACUUCUUGGAAGGCAAAAUUGUAGAAAAAAUAGAUUAAAAUAAUGUUAUUUAUUAUGGAGCUGGUAAAUCUCCCAUCGUCUUAAUCGAUCCAAGAGACAUGGUUGCUCUAACAAGAAGAACCAUACUGAAAGAUGGAACUCACCUUGUUGUUUCUAAAUCUGUCUAAUUGGAUUCUGUUCCAAAUAAGAAAAAAUAUACGCGUUGUGAAAUUAUUAUUUCUGGAUUCUUGAUUAAGGAGAUCUCUCCAGGAACUUGUCAAGUAGUGAUUAUUGCCAAUGUUGAUCCUAAAGGUAGCAUUCCAAAGAUGUUAAUCAACUCGGGAGUCUCUAUGCAAGCUGAUGCUGUAAAGAAGUUGAUGGAGAAAAUGAGAUAAAGAACUCUGAUGGAAUGAAUUUAAUAUUUACAUUUAUCAAUAUUAAAAUUGAUGUAUUCAAAAUUAAA